AUGGCGGCGGGGAGCGGCGCUGAGGAGGAGGCGGCUGUGGCGGCGGUGGUGGGAGGUGAUGGCGACGGCGACCCGCCCGUACCGGCGGCUCCGGGCCGCGCCCAGGUCUUCGCCGCCGUGGUGGACACCUUCCUGGAGAAGCUGGUGGCAGCCGGGAGCUACCAGAGGUUCGCCAGCUGCUACCGCUCCUUCUACAAACUGCAACCCGAGAUGACCAGGAGCAUUUACGAUCAGUUCGUGUCCCAGCUGCGGACAUCCAUCAAGGAGGAGAUCCAGGAGGUGAAGAAUGAAGGGAACCUGGAGGUGCUCUUUAAUUCACUGGAUAAGAUCGUGGAGGAGGCAAAGAACCAGAAAGAGCCUGCGUGGCGUCCCAGCGGGGUCCCGGAGGACGACGUGCGCAGCGCGUUGGUGCCGUAUCUCCUCAAGCACCGCUCGUACCUGCGCAAAAUCCUGAAGGAGAAGGAGGAAGAGAACAGGAAGGUGGCAGAGUCCGUGCUGGCCGGGAGGGAUAAGAUUGCGGAGCUGCAGCAGCAGAUAGAAGCUCGCAAACACGCCUGGCAGGCAAUUAGUAAAGAGCAACGAGAACUCAUCAUGAUGUUCAAGGAGCCCCAGUGAGGAGCCGGGGAGGGAUUCUCUGUGUCUCGGGGGGGAAUUUUAUCCUCCUCUCAGCGCGUCGGGAAGUGGGACUCUGUGCGUGGCCUCUUCAAACCUCGCCUUCGCCCUGUCAGGCCAGGAGAAACCUGCAGCAGGACUGAAAAGCUGCCAGACUUGGACAAUGUGAUUAAAGUUUGGGAAGAAAUUAAAAAAAAAAAAAAGAACAUUUCUUUGGAAAUAGAUGCCAGUUUCCCAUUCCCCGCUCAGCUCAACAGGGAGGAGAAUCCUACGGAGCCUGUCUGUGCAUUCCCUCGCUGCUUUAGUGCUGUCACACGCCUGAUUCCAGCUUGCUAAAGCCAAAUUUGGGGCCUUGAAGGUAUUUCAGAUGUGCUUUAGAGGAAAACUGGUGCCUUGAGCCCGGUGGCUGGGCGGUGACAGGAGCGAGGGGCUGGGGAGCUGUGGCACACAGAGCCCGCAGGUGGGUAAACGCCACCGUGGCAUUUUGUGGGGUGCAAAUGGCCACAUUGGGCUUUUUUUGCUUUGUUUUUGCAGUGUUUGUUUUCACUAUCCAUGUCUUUAAACAGUUUUCCGCCCGUGAAUCAUCAGAACAGAUACGUCAGUCGCAUCACAUCAAGUUCUUUGUUGCCAUUUAUUCCCUUUUUCCAGUUAUUUUCCAACCCUGCUCCCUCCCAGGAUGGCGCUUCUCUGAGUGUGAAGGCUCCAAGGCUCCACCCUUGGUGUAUGUGGAGAGGAGCAGGGGUUGGGAUGGCCCUGGUGGGCCCGUGGUGAAGGGAUUUAGUGUUUUUCCUGUGAAACCCCCGUGUUGACUCCUGGAACCAAACUGGGGUUGGUGUUACCCAUCUGGAGUUGUUCUUUGCCAUCUCAUGGGAAGUUUUCCGGCCUGGGAAGCAGGAACUCCCUGGAGUCUGCCAGGAAGCCCUAAACAUGAGGUGUGUCUUCAAAGUGAAGAAAAGAUCCUUCUCCAGGGCUGGGCCCGUAACGAGGAGAGUCUUUUCUGAGCCCGACAAGGACUGAUGGCCAGUCUGUUUCCGACAGACACCAGAUCCACCAGCAGGUUCUCUGGUCGCAUCCCAUCCCGAGGAGGGGCCGUGCCCUCGGUGGUGGGGAAACACAAACUGGGAGAACAAUGGUGGCAAUUUCCACCCAGCACAGGCCUCUGGUUUUAAUUAGAGGCAGCCAGAGCCUGCGAUUGACUGACUUAGGCAUAUUUUCCUUCUGUCGUAAACAAGCCUUCCCUCGCUGCAUUAUAAUCUAAAUAAAUUGGAGCUGUUGUUCCCCCGG